CUUGCACUGAGACGUAUCUUUCAAUGAGCCACCUCCAACGCGGCGAGGGUGGCGCCGGCCGCCGCUGCACAGCGCGCCUCCGUUACCAGAUCCAUGCGAGCGACGAGGGAUCCGGACCGGCUCGCUCACGCACCACGCGCCUCCAUCCCCAAAUCAAACACGACGAGGAUGGCGCCGGAGUGGCCUGCAACCGCCGCAGCCGUAAGCGCCACCAUCGGCGCGGUAAGCGCCUCCGCGCCCGGACCCACGCUAGCGAGGAGGGCGACGGCACCUCGCGGGAGACACCUGCCUCCCUGCCGGACAGCGAAGAUAUGCUCCGGGAGAUCCUCCUCCGGCUCCCCCUGGACCUAUACUCUCUCCCCCGCGCCUCCGCCGUGUGCAAGCAGUGGCGAGGCAUCCUCGCCGACCCCAAGUUCCUCCGCCGGUUCUACGCGCACCACCGCAAGCCGCCCCUCCUUGGCUUCUUCCAUUACGGCAGCACACAGAUUGCGUUCAUGCCCGUCCUGGCCCCUGCUCCCGACCGCAUCACCCCUGGGCGCUUCUCCCUUGGACACUAUAGCAAAUGCAUCCUGCUUGAUUCUCGCCACGGCCGCGCCCUCGUCUUAGACUUGCAGCAUGAAGAGGUCGUCGUUUGUGACCCUAUCACCAACAAACAUCACCGCGUGCCCAUUCCGCCUGAGUUCACCGAAUGCUUCUUUAACGCGGCAGUGCUUUGUGCUGCUAGCUACCAGGGCCAUGUGCACGGCGGCUGCCACUUAUGCCCCUUCAAGGUGGUCUUGGUGUCCUAUAGAGACAAUACGCACCCCUAUGCAAGCGUUUACUCCUCGGAGACUACCACAUGGGGCAAUGUCAUCUCAAC